AUGGCGCCACCGCCGAAGAAACGGAAACGCGGGAGAGCGGACGCGGAGGAAAUGACGACGAUUCAGACGACGACGAGUAAUAAGAAAGAAGAUAAAUUUGCCGGAGAAUUACAGCAAACGCCGAUGGUGCCGCCGCCGGAAAAGAAAGAGAAGAAAAGUUCGACGAGGAAAGGCGUGUUUGGCGCUAUCGCCGCGUCCGGGGAUAAAGCGAACGCGAGUAAGCCGAAAAGAGCGGACAGGAGACGCACGAUUGCUCGAUUUACGACGGCUAUAUUACGAGCGGAAGGGUCGCACGUCUUCAUCAGUCGCGACGGGUUGGGGUAUCGCAAAGCGUUUGAUAAGUUUCUCGCGCAAACGUACGGGAAAACGUUCGACGUGAACGGGUAUUGGUGGACGAACGCUCGAGUUGAACCGUUUUUGCGUUUGUUAGUGCACAUCGCCUCGGAAGGCGCGACGAAUAUCUCCGAAAAAGACGCAAAAGAGUUGUUUAAAAAGAAAGACGAACGACAAGCCGCCGAGUGGGUUCUCGACGAGGACAAGUUGGCGAAAUGCGCGAGCGGGAUGACUGCGAAAGAUUUGGCUGCAAUUUUUGUUGGUAAACCGAGGAAGACGAAGAAAGGGUUCGUGAGAGGCACGCCUUUACUGGUACCGACGGACAAAGAGACGUUAUCGGUGGACGUCGAGGCGGUGAAGAAGUCGGAAGAGGAGAAAAAAAUGGCCACGGAGAACAGAUCGAAAAUACGAACCGAGAAGAAAGCCGCGGCGGCAUCGGCGGCGGCGGCGGCGGGCGCACAAACUAAAACGACGACAUCGACUGGUAGCAAAGAGAAGCACACCAAAGCGGCGACGACGAGGAAGAAAGUGGUGGCUUCAGAGGCGGCAAAGCCGACGGAUUCGAAUACCGGAAGUGUUUUGACCGACGGCGUCCUUCCCGGCCGAUCUCGAACGCCAAACUUUUUUCAACAACAAUUGCCGUCGCAAAAGAGCCUAAACGCGAUGAUGAUGUUACCACCGUCCCCGAAACCUGGUGCGAACAACCCACCAGCGCAGCAACAAGGUUUCCGCGCCACCUCAUCAAUGACGCCACCGCCAGACGUCGCGCGUCUCUUCCAAAACGUCCAAGGUUUUUCCGCCGUCGGUUCCAACAACGCCUCCUCCAACUCGUUACUCAUGCUCGGCUCUCGACCGGGUUCGCGCCAAGGCGCCAUCGCCGCCGCCGGCGUCGCGCGCCAAUACUCCAGCGAUCUCUCCAGAAUGAUGAGUGAAUUCAACACCGACCCGGAUUCGAGCAAUUUAUUCUUGAGUUCCUACAACGCGCUCUCCGCCUCCGAACUCGACGCCGUCGCGGCGACGAUGGCGACCAAUCCGGCGUUGAAAAGAGGCAUGAGCCGCCGGCAACCGUCUGCGUCGAUUAUGAUGAGUAACAACACGAACAACAACAACAACAACAACAAUAACAACGCGAAGAAGUAG